GGUGCGAACGACGUUCUGUUCGAGAGAGAAGGGCAGAGAGAGAGAGAGAGAGAGGAAGGGGAAAUGGUGGUGUUAGGAGGAAUAUGGUGCGGGUGAGCCGACGGCGAUGGCAUGAGGACAUUAGUAAGGAAGAGGUGCGGGUCUAGCGAGGAGGAGGAUGAGGAUGGUGGUGGGCGUGAUGGUCCUCGGUCAGCUACUGACGAGGAUUUUGCUCGCUGCCCAUGCGGGAGAUCGGCUCGCGGCGGCUCGCAGAAUACUCAGGGACGUGCCUUUGAUAGACGGGCACAACGAUUUACCGUGGAACAUACGCAAGUUCUUGAAGAAUCAGCUGAGGGAGUUCAGGUUUGAUGACCUGAGGGAUACCCAUCCCUGGUCCCGGAGCGCGUGGAGCCACACGGAUCUGAGAAGAUUGAAGGAGGGGAUGGUUGCAGCGCAGUUUUGGUCAGCUUACGUCCCCUGUUCCUCCCAGCACCUCGACUCGGUCCAACUGGCACUCGAGCAGAUCGACCUGAUUCGUCGGCUGGUCAACAAGCAUCCUGAAAGCAUGGUCCUCGUUACCACGGCGGAAGGUAUAGAGAGGGCUCACAAGGAGGGUAGAUUAGCGAGCCUGAUAGGGGUGGAAGGGGGCCACGCGGUUGGAGCGAGUCUGGCUGUUCUGAGGAUGUUGUACGAGUUGGGCGCCAGAUACCUCACUCUCACGCACACGUGCAACACGCCUUGGGCAGAAUGCAGCACAGCGGAUGAACCCGGUCAAGUGGCACGCAUCGGCGGUCUGUCCAAUUUCGGCAAGAGUAUCGUGUUGGAGAUGAAUCGACUCGGGAUGAUGGUGGAUUUGUCGCACGUGUCCGUGCCCACGAUGCUGGUCGCCAUGAAGACGUCGAGGGCGCCUGUCAUCUUCAGCCACAGCAGCGCUCACGCCCUCUGCAAUUCCUCGCGAAAUGUGCCUGACCAUGCGCUGCGACGUUUGGCGCAGACAGAUGGUAUAGUUAUGGUAUCCUUCUAUCCCCAUUUUAUCAGCUGUGGCGAGAAAUCGACGUUGGAGGACGUGGCCGCUCACAUAGAUCACGUGCGAAAGAUCGCUGGCGUGGAUCACGUGGGGAUAGGGGCCGGCUACGACGGAAUCAAUCUAACACCGACGGGCUUGGAGGACGUAAGCAAGUAUCCGGAGCUUUUCGCGGAGCUGUUGGCGCGUGGAUGGUCGGAGAGAGACAUUCAGAAAUUGGCAGGCCUGAAUCUGAUUCGAGUGUUCAAGGCGGUGGAGAAGGUUCGAGACGACAUGGCCGCGGACGGGGUGGAACCUUUGGAGGAAGAGAUCCCGCACGAGGAUAUAAUCGGUCGGGAUUACUGCCGUUACAACGUGAAACGACCGAUCGCCCCGUAAUCAUCGUUGCGAAUCGACUAGGGGAAUAAUGGGGAAUGGUCGAAGAAUGGGGAGACGUGGUAAUCGUCGCAGUGGAAAGAAAGAGAUGCCUCGGUUCGGGAGGCAAGAUUCCAGAGGCUCGUAAUUCCGCUUCGACGAAUCGAGCUUUCCUCCGACUUUCCUUUCUCUCCAUUCUUCUUUCCCAUUUUAUUAUCCGCGAUUCUCGGCCGCGUACGAACGUAAAGUAGAUAGGCAAACUCGAUUUCCUCCUCCUUCUCGAGUGUCGCAAAAAAUAUGGAGGAGAAUCGAGAUGAAAGAGGGCUGAGAGAGAGAGAGAGAGAGAGAGAGCUCGAUUCGUCGAGAUUUGAUUUUCCUCUCGAGGAAGGAGGGAAACGACGGAUCGUUGGCGAGAUAACGAUACACGAUAGAGAGGAGUUGGUCGUCCCCGGAAGGAAGACUUUCGAAGACCAAGGCCGGCGUUCGGCCGUCGAAGAAUUUAAGCUGCCGUAAUGUGUUUAAUUUGCACUCAACGAUCAUUUCGUCGAUCCUGGAACCAAAAAUCGCGCGUUCUAGUCAAUAUAAUUGAUCACAUUAUGUAUAAAUAUGUACACAUUGACGAUCGAUUUCGCGAACGACUGACACCGAUCGUGAGAAACACGAGCGGUGACUGUUAUUCGAUUCGAGUGGACGACUGCUUCGAUGUGUGUCCUACCGUGUAUACGUGUGUGUGCGUGUGCGUGUGUGUGCGCGAGAAAGAAAGAGAACUAACGAUGUUUGUACAUACGGUACCUGAAGUCGAUGAACAUAUUGAUUCUCCUUAUAGAACAAACCGACCGGACAAAAUUUUCACCGGAACAAUUCAAUCGUGAUCCUCUCAAAAAUCGUGAAUAAUCACUCGCAUGAUUACUCUCGUUUUCGUUAAAAAGAGAGAGAGAGAGAGAGAGAGAAAAAGUUCAUAUUCGUUCGUAAAACUCGUAGCAUCCAUCUCGGUUUAGAAGAUUCUAGAUGGCCGGUUUGAUCAGACUGUCGAGGAGGAAAACUAGAUACCAAAUUAGGCUCGAAGAAGCUCGAUAAAAAGAAAAAAAGUGAAACGUUGACAAAGUCAACGGACGAGAAAACUUUUCCUACGAUUUUGCACGAUCGAAGUUGACGUCGAUGUCGCGUUGUUACGAUUGUUCACAACGAUGACGUUCUCAUUCAUUGUAACCACCACUUUUUAAGGCUCGUAUAUUCUAAUUAACGCACCGAGUAAAUAUCCUUUCUUAACGAUGUUUUUACACUAAACUUUUAAUAUAGGCCAGAUUUUAAAAACGGGCGAGCAUGGAGCAAAAGAAAAAGAAAAGAAAAAAAAAGUAAAGGAAAUACGUAUAGAGCAUAUGAAAGCAAGUCGAAAACGUAUUAUCAACUUCCCUCGUGCCAUCGAUUACAAUUUGAUCGUUUUCAUUUUACGCGAAUCUGCGUAUCGUUUGAAACUUAUUAUAUUCACUUAUGUUCCGAUCGAAAAAAGAAAAAAAGAAGAAGAAGAAGGAGGAGAAGAAGGAGAUAGAAA